UAACCAGCGCUGUACGUUCACGGCAGGAUGGUGCAGCAGUUCGCGGUGGACUUUGAGAAGCGGAUCGAAGGGUCCGGGGAUCAGGUGGACACCUACGAGCUGUCGGGAGGGGCGAAGAUCAACCGCAUCUUCCACGAACGCUUCCCCUUCGAACUGGUCAAGCUGGAGAGUGACGAGAAGACUCUUCGUAAGGAGAUCAGCUACGCCAUCAAGAACAUCCACGGGAUCAGGUGGGUUUUCUCGUUAAAUAAAGGCUUUAUGCUAUUUAUCUCACUGCUUUCAUUGCGCCUCCUACAGGAGAAAGAGAAGAAGUACAUGCUGCCUGUAGACAACCUGAAACUGAAGGACAUUGAGAAGAGCUUCAUGUCCAGCAAACACAUCUUCGCCCUGUUCAACACUGAGCACAGGAACGUGUACAAGGACUACCGUCAGCUGGAGCUGGCCAGCGAGUCUCAGGACGAGGUCGACGGCUGGAAGGCGUCCUUCCUACGUGCUGGAGUGUACCCUGAACGCAGCGUGGAUAAAGAGAAGGUGGAGGUGGAGGAGUCGAGUGGCGACGGGCACAUCCACAGUCUGGACCCUCAGCUGGAGCGGCAGGUGGAGAUCGUCAGGAACCUGGUGGACUCGUACCUUGCCAUCAUCCACCGCACCAUCAGGGACCUGAUCCCCAAGACCAUCAUGCACCUGAUGGUCAACAAUACGAAGGACUUCAUCCACGCUGACCUGCUGGCUCACCUGUACUCUUGUGGAGACCAGAACACCCUGAUGGAGGAGUCCCAGGAACAGGCUCAGCACCGCGACGAGAUGCUCAGGAUGUACCACGCGCUGCGCGAGGGCCUUGGCAUCAUCGGUGACAUCAGCACCUCCACCAUCACCACAGCGAUGCCUCCGCCUGUUGACGACUCGUGGCUGCAGGUGACGGGGAUGCCGUCAGGACGCAGGUCCCCCAUGUCCAGUCCGACCCCCCAGCGCCGGGCCCCUCCUGGCCCUCCUCGUCCAGGUGGUCGUGCCGCCCCCUCCCGUCCGGCGGUGUCACCUGAUCCUGGACCCCCACCCUCUAUCCCCUCACGACCCAACAGAGCGCCACCACCUGGAGUUCCCAGGUAACGCCCCUCCUACUCCGUGUUUAUAACAGGAAACCUGAGGUCACAGAGGUCAGGUGAUCAGCAGCACGGUCACAGGCUCCUAGCGUGUGCUGAGUUCAAAUGCAGUCAGGACAGGUGAGUUUCUGGAGGCAGACUGUACAUAAAAGAUGAAAGGAGCCUGUGAUGUCACAUGGUCUCUCACAGUAACGUCACAGCAGCAGUGUUAUUGGUCACGUCAUUAAAAAAGCUCCAGCAGCAGCACACGGUCCACAGGUCCAGUUCAGGGACAUGAGCUGAAGCCCAGCAGACAGCCAUCAGCUGCAGCCACCUGUCUCAUCAUCCACCUGUCAGUCAAAGAGGCCACGCCCCUAAUAAUGAAAGCUUUAAUCCAGGUGCGUAAUAACACCUCCUCCAAUAAAUGAUCCACAGACACCAAACACGUUUGUUUCUGCCGUAAAGUUUUACAUGGAAGUCUAUGGGGCUGACUCACUGCUGCCUCUGCUGGACGGUGGAGGAACUGCAGGUGUUGGUUGACAGGUGUGUGUGACAGUGUAAGACGGUCUCAGCAGUGUAAAGGAGCAUCAAACAGAUGACUGUAUCCUGGAAUGCUGUUUCUAAACUGCACCAUGAACAUCCAGAUGUUUCCAGGGAUCAGUGUGUGCAGCUGGCUUCAGCAGACAGAGCUACAGUAACACACAUCGUUAAAAAGAGCGUUACCUGUGAAAGUGUUUGAACCUGAAGCAGACAAUUUGUGUUUGUGUGUCUAACUGGACCCGGAUGAUGUUUUAUCAAAAACUAGCUGAGAGCAACUUUCUUCUUCGUUGGUACUGUAGAACAAAAAGCAGCGAUCAACAAACAACCUGCACAGACAUGAAAAAGAAAGACUCUCUUUCUUUCCUCAGACUCUCCUCACCUGUGUGUCUGUGAGCCCACCUGCCCACUCCCACACAUCCCACGGAGCCAUGUCU